CCCCCGGCACCUCUGUUAACCUCGUAACUGGCGAGCGUUUUGAAAGCAGCCUGCAAGCGUAUUCAAGUGAUCACUAUCACCCCCCCCCAAAUGACAGAUGGAAGGUUAAAGGCCGAUGAUUGCUGGGACAUGCUGAGGACCCCACCAGGGUGACUGAGCUCCUGCCCUGCUGUUUGUUGUCGUCAUGGCGAAGAAGAGGCACUUGGCAGAGCUGGUGGUGGUGUGUCAGUGGGCAGCCUGCUCUUUCCAGGGCAGGGCUAUGGAAGAGCUCUCGGACCACAUGUCCCUUCACCUGAAGGAGCACCUGGGAGAUGGGGACACCAUGGAGGAGCUGGAUGACUAUGCCUGCUUGUGGGAGGGCUGUGAGUUCCUGGCCAUGGGUAGUCCAAGUGAGCUGGUGGUUCAUGCUCAUUUCCACAUCUUCCAUGCCAAGCUGAAAUUCAUCGGUGCUCAGCUGCUGCAGUCCCACCCAGAGCUGCCCAGUUGCACCCAAGAUCUCCAUGGUAACAACCUGAUCCCAGAGUUGUCAGAGAAGCUGCUGUGUCAGUGGGAGCACUGUGACAGCACCUUUAACAAUCCAGAGUGGUUCUACCGCCAUGUGGACAUGCAUGCACACUGCACUGAGAUGCAGCCUCUUCCUGACCAGCAGCAGGCACUAUUCUGCAGUUGGAAAGACUGUGAUGCCUUCUUCAAGAUCAAGUACCGGCUUCGUGAGCACUUGCGCAGCCAUACACAGGAAAGGCUGGUGGCCUGCCCCACCUGUGGCUGCAUGUUUUCCAGUAACACCAAGUUCUUUGACCACAUCCUCCGGCAGACAGAGCCUGAAGAGUCCUUUGUGUGCGAGCACUGUGGCAAGCGCUUCGCAAAUGAAAGACUCCUAAGAGAUCAUGUCCGCCAGCAUGUGAACCACAUAAAGUGUCCUCUGUGUGACAUGACCUGCACCUCUUUGGCCUCCUUGAAGACUCACAUCAAAUUUCGGCACUGCGAUGAACGUCCCUUUUCAUGUGACUUCUGUGAGAGCAGCUUCAAGAACCAGCAUGAUCUGAGGAAGCACAUGGAGACACACAAUGAGGGUGCGGCAUUCCACUGCAGUGUGGCAGGCUGCGGUUACUCCUCCCGCAUGGCCCACACCAUGAAUCAGCACUACAAGAGGGUACAUGAGGGGGACAUGGUCUCUAAGUACAAAUGCCAUCUAUGUGAGAAAAGCUUCUCCUGGUGCUACACAUUGACCCUCCACUUGCGGAAGAAACAUGACCUGAAGUGGCCCUCCGGGCACUCUCGCUUCAGAUACAAAGAGGAUGAGGACGGGUACCUACGACUGAACAUGGUGCGUUACGAGACAGUGGAGGUGACGGAGGAGAUCAUGAAGAACAUGGCCAAAAAACGGACUCCUCGGAAGGCCUCUGGCUCUGGCAGCCAGGUGAAGCGCCCCGCUGUGCCUGCAGGCAGCUCCCAUGGCAUGUCCCCACCCUCAGCAUCCUGCUCUGCCACGCUCCCCUCUGAGGUUCCUGCUCCCCAGAGCCCAAAGGAUGCCACCCAGCCAGUUUACUGCUCUUUGAGCACAGUCACUGAGCUCGUCGGAGACGCCGACACCAUCCAGGAGGACAUACAGUCUGGUGCCACCUUUGGGGCCGUAAGGGCUCUGACCGAGGUGGCCAGGGGCCUCGGGAUGGACGUAGUGUAG